UGUGUCUGUGAUGGUCCAGUGCAAAGAUAAGUGCUCCUCACAUCCAUCAAAUCCACAUUUUUGUUGUUGCUGGAUUUUUUUUUUUAGCAGAAAGAGGUGAUAUGGGUAAGUAACAAAUAUUGGCUUAUUACUUGCGAAUCUAAAAAAUGUGUAGGCUACAAAACCUUUUCUUGAACUGUAAAUGGAAAAUACUGUUGUCUCUGGGUCUGAAAUGAGGAGGGGCACAUUCACACAACACAAUGUUCUAUAUGCAACAGCUCAUGUACCUAAGUCACACACACACAUCACAUUUUCACACUUAUACUUACAAUGUUUCCCUUCGAGCUUCUUUUUAUUUCUCAGAUGUUCUGAGAAGAGGACAGGAAGUGCAAUAGGAAGUCAGAUGCAAAGCGUUGCCUUUUGAGUUUCUUUCUCGAAGACUAAACCUACAAGUUCCAUCUCUGUGGUCGUUGUUGUUGUAAGUGUUGUUAAUUUUUGUUUAACUAUAGAAGAGUGAAGACCAUAAAUCCCAAAGUCUAGACAAGAGCUGGACAAGUUGACAGAGUGUGGUUUUGCAGUAUGUUGCAAUGACAUGUGUACCUCUGACAAAACUUGGCUUCCUCGUGAUUCUCGCCUUCAUUAUCUGCAUCCCCGAGUUCUUCACUAUCAACAGAGUGCUGCGUGUGUCCCUGCUGUGUGGAGAUGAGGACAGCAGGGAUCAGGCUGGAGGCGAGUGGAGUAGAAGCUCGUGCGGUGAACACUGGGAGCCAAUCAGAGCGGCCGCCGAUCACAGGAACAUGACCAGAGCUGACAAGAGCUGCUUUGUGUGUCGGGCAGAUGUCAGUGCGGCUUGUCUUCAUCAGAACAGCUCCUCACCAGCUCAUCCUGUCUCCUUCGAAAUGUCUCUCAACUUGCAACAGAACAACACAACUCCACCAAAUAUCACGUUGCUGGGCUGGUACAACCACACCUCUCUACACCUUCACCUUUCUCACGACAACGACGACGAAGAGGAAAGGGAGAAAAACUAUGAAUCCAGUGAUGGCUUCAUGUACUGCGCCGCAUUGUCCGACACAGACACGGCCAACCACAGCUGCUGCCUCCUCUGUCUUUCUCUUCAGAUAUUUGCGAGGGAAGGGCUGCCAUGGAAACGUAGUACUAAAGACGAGUGGGGGCCUGUGCUCCGGGUGAUCUGGUUCUCGCUGCUGUGUGUGGUGCUGCUGGUCAUCGUCACCAUGGUCACUCAGAAAAUCACUAAAGGAAGAAGGCGACGCUCUGACAAGGCAAAGAUCUACCCUUUGAAUUACACUACUCCAGAGCAACAUUUAACUGACGAGAAGCAGCAAGAAGUCAACACUGCCAAUGCUUUGAAUCGUCGCAGAAUCUUUACUUGGUCAGCAUUGUCGUCUAUUGAGGAAGAGGAUACACCAGAUGAAAGCGAUGUGUUUUUGAACGACUACACUUGUAAUGAAAGGACUACAGUUGCAAAGGAAACUCACAUAAUCUAACCUCAUCCUCCAUCAGAACAGCAGACCACAGUGUGACCAUCAAAGAGCCCUCAAAGGAAACAACUGUUCUUUUAUCCUGUAAAUAAAACCACCUCAAACACGAGCAUCUCCGUCUUCAGGCACGUUUAAGCACGGUGGCUCAGUUUGUAGAGUCUUUGUCCAUUGAUGUCUGUGUAAUCCCUCAGUCGUCCAGGUCUGAUCCAUAGUAAAAACCAAAGUUAAAUCUCUCAACUAGACAAAACGUUGCAGGAGUGAAGACGUUUAGCUGCUCAUCCAAGUCUGUACAGCUCCAUCUCAAAGCCACCAACCGCUCCUUUGAAGACAGUGAGGUUCAGAUCUGAGCCACAGACAAGAAAUGGUUUGAGAGAGGAUUUAAAGAAGAUAUUUUUGUUAGGAAAGACUAUCCUUCAUUGAACAGAAAUGGGGGCCUUAGACAUAAUCUCUCACAGAUCUAUAACUCCAUCCUCAGACCCAAAGCAAACAAAGGAAACAAAGAGAACAAUACCCAGUAGGUUGAAUAGAGGACAUUAAGGCUGAAGUGUAGUUAGCUCCUUCCUUCAGAUAGAUAUAAGGCAGUGUCCAGCAGUAAUCUGACCAGAACUGAAGACGAGCAGCGAAACGUCUUCACUCGUACAAUGUUUUGUCCAGUUGACAGAUUUAACAUUGGAUUUUAUUACUUUUGUCCACUGAUCAGAAGUUUAAAUCCUGCAUUUGACUUAAAAAUCACUGGUAGAAUGGUCAGAUCCGCUGGCCCACAGGUUGACGAUGCGAUUCCCGGUCCCACAGAUGAAUGGUGUCGUUGUGUCCCAGUUUCUACGUACACUGGUUUCUACGCCCCCAGUUUCUGCGUACACUGGUGUAUGAUGUGUGUGUGAAUGAUUCCUUGAUGUAAAGCGCUUUGAGUGCCUUGAAGGUGGAAAAGCGCUAUAUAAAAAUGUGACCAUUUACCAUUUAUAGAUUCAUGCACUACAUGCCCAAAGUCAAAUGAAUAAAUUAGCUCAAAAUGUCAAGCCUGCUUUGCAAAUGAGUUAUUUAUAUUCGGGUUUGCUGUUAAAGCUGGUGAAAACACUGGUUCAGAAAGACAUGCCAAAACAUUAAGAUGCAAUAUGGAGUC